AUGAUCAUUGUAUUGAUAACUUUUAUAUGCAUCAAUAGGAUUUUAUAUAAGCUGCGUGAUACUCCGGCGCUUAGUAGUGGUUUCACCGGACCUCACCACUACUUUUGGCUUUUGGUCUGUCAGGCAACUGUACCUACAGCAUGUUCUAUGGCUCCACCAAUAGUUCAAAUGCUCUUAGUUUUCACCGAGUUCAAAACACCCUAUUGGCUAUCAGGCUUUUGCUCUUAUUGUGAACGUGAGAGCUUCUAUGACAAGUAUUUAAAACAAAGAGGAUACAAUAAAGAUAUUUCUCCUAUGGAACUCACGGGUAGACCCAUUACUGUUCAAUUACAAGUACCAUUUCAAAUUCUUGUAGACAUGGAUGAUUCACGACAGAAAGCUCAAAUGCUUCUUUAUGUCUCUAUGGAAUGGACCGAUGAACGAUUGAGUUUCAACGAAACUGAAUAUGGAUUUCCACGAGCAAUGCUUCCUGUAAGCUUGGUGUGGGUACCAAAUAUAGUGAUCUACAACAGCUUGUCUGUAGAAUAUACAACGGUAGAUGAGUAUUCUCUAGUGAUAAACAGUACUGGUUCUGCUCUCAUAUAUCUAUAUGCGACUUAUGAAUUAUUCUGUCCGGUAGAUGUACAAUACUUUCCAUUUGAUACACAGUACUGCUCAAUCGACUUUGAAACGGGUGGGUAUGCCAUGGAUAUGAUGCUUCUCAAUUUUGUUGUCGACGAUUAUGAGUUGUUUGGUAACCCUGAAUGGGAUUAUCUAGGAGUUACAGUUAGAAACAAUACCAUGAAGACCAAUUAUGGAAUGAAGCAAUAUACUGGAUGUGUUGGAAAGUUUAAGAGAAAUUCAGAAUUCUAUGUUGUUUUCCUGAUUAUUCCAACAAGCAUCAUGGCUAUCGUCAUUUUCAUAGCAAUUCUGUUACCUUUGGGAAUGAAUAUUGGUGAAAAGAUUAAUUUUGGAUUAGCCGGAUUUUUAGGAUUGUUAUUUAUGUUGACGAUUGUCGUCAAUGAAGUUCCACGUACAUCACAUUUCCCACUCAUCACUUUAUGGAUGCUGGUCCAGUUGCUGCUAUCUUUCUUAGCACUUAUAUCACUGGCUCCUUUAGCUUUGAUCAAAAAGUGUUUAGCGAAACGAAAAUUCACAUGUUGCCGAUGCGAAUGGAAUGAAGCAUUAGAACUUUGUAAUUUCUGCUUAUUCCUCAUAGCUGAUGGAACGUUUUCAUACAUCUAUCUAACACAAGUACCAGAAAAUAUUCCAUAUGUUCCGACAUACAUUUGA